AUGGCUGAUAUGGAUGUUGAUUCAUCAUCACCAGUCCAAUCACAAGAAAACGGUAACAGUCAUGACCAAACGGUCGAAUUUUCUGUAGCAUUGCCACCUUCUGCAACACAAAACGCAGCCAGCGAGCCUGCAGCAGCUGAAGCGGGUUCAGCAGCUCCCACACCGGCUCCAAGUGUUACUGCACCUGCUCCAGUUACAGAAGCUCCUGCAUCCGCUCCUUCUGUGCAUGCUGAAGUGUUAGUAGCAAUGCCGGUUCUGCAGCAACAUGGUGACGUGUUCGUUGGUCCAGGAUCGAAGCGGGAAGCACAACUGUUGGGUUUGGGUCUCACAAAAUUGAGUUCGAGAAGGAAGGACGAUCUCCAUCUUGCGAAGAGAUAUGCUAUGGAUUUGUCAAUCAAGCAGAUUAUGCUACGGCAACAGAAAGCCCAUCAUGAAAACCAACAAAAGCAAGCUAUGUAUGCUCAAGCGCUGUCCCUUAUGGCUCGUGUUUAUAUUGGAUCGAUUUCGUUCGAAGUCAGAGAAGAAAUGAUCAAAAAAGCUUUCGAAGUUUAUGGACCGAUCAAGAGUAUCAAUAUGAGCUGGGAUCCCACCACGGGCCAUCACAAAGGAUUCGCGUUCCUGGAAUUCGACGUUCCGGAGGCUGCACUGCUAGCACAAGAGUCGAUGAAUGGCCAGCUUAUGGGUGGAAGAAAUCUCAAGGUUGGGCGCCCCUCGAACAUGCCACAAGCUCAGCCAAUCAUCGAAAUGGUUCAGCAGGACGCGAAAAGAUAUCAUAGAGUUUACGUGUCUUCAGUACACCCCGACCUCUCGGAGAGCGAUUUGAAAAGUGUGUUCGAGGCGUUUGGAGAAGUGGUCAAAUGUCAACUGGCUAGGCAGAGUGCAACUGGAAAGGGAAGCCAUCGAGGAUUUGGAUACAUCGAGUUCAAUAACGCUGCAGCAAUGAACGAAGCCAUUGCAGGAAUGAACAUGUUCGAUUUGGGUGGACAGUUUUUAAGGGUCGGGCGUUGUAUAACACCACCUGAAGCCCUAACAUAUCUGCAGCCGCAGACUCAAGCUGCUUUACCAACUGCUGCUGCUCAAGCUGCAGCUGCUGUAACUGCUAAAGUAAUGGCGGCAGAAGCAUCAGGGGCUGGAAAAACAAGUCAAGGAUCCGGAUCCAAUUCUCCACGUCCAAUGAGUCCGGCUACUUUGAUGCAACCAUCUAUGGCUACACUUUCGGUGGCAUCACCAGUUGUCACGACGACUCCACCAACAAUUGUGAAUCCUACCUUAGCACCUCCUUCAUUGGCAGUGCCACCUCCACCCGUCGCCAUUGCUAAACCGCAACUUUACAAUCCCCCUGCUCCAGUGGCUCCAGCAGCACCACCAAUGCAGUAUGGCUACGGCGUGCCUCCGCCUCCGAUGAAUGGGUACCCUGUAGUUCCUCCACCUAGCGUCCCACCUGCUAGCGUGCCUCCUGUCCCUCCACCUACACUCCAUCGAGGAUUUGGUGGAUUCGCCCAUCCAGCUGCUCCUGUGCCACCCACAAGUGUCCCACCACCGACAAGUCUUCCCCCGAGUGUUCCUCCACUUACGCAUAUGAUGCCACCACCUCCUCCUCCUGCUCCGCCGAGUUCCGCGCCCAAAGGAGAACGCUCGUUUGAGGAAAAAAUGGAGCGAAUUCUGGAGCGAACGAAAGCAAAACAGGAAGCAAAACUCUCCCUUCCCGUGACGUUUGGGGCAAUUGAUCCGCUUUUUGCACCUAAAGAUCCUCUUGAAAACAAUGAAGAGUCGGGCGAUAUGCUCGCGAUCACCGGAAAAUCGAACCAAGAUGUACAGAGUAUGGCAUUGGCGCUGAUCGGAGAUAACGCAGUGGCCCUGAAAGGGAACAAGGUAUUUUCAAAAAUUUCUCUUUAUUCGUCGCCGAAGAAUCCGUAG